UUGGUAGCACUUUUUCCAAUUUUCAAAUUGUCACGAUGGCUUCGUACGAAGAGUGGUGUGAAGAAAAAUUAUCAAGACUUUCCGAUGAAGAUUCGCGAAUUCCAGUAUUAAAAGAAAUGAAAGACUUCCUGACUACAAUCCCGCGUGAGGAAAUGUCCCGAACAGCCAACUCCCUGCAACUCCCUGCAGUUUUCGACUGUCUAAACGACUCAAACAGUGAACAGGUCGAUUUAGCUUGCGAAGUCCUCGCACUUUGUAUGACGAAUUUAAAUUUAGGCGAAAGCACGAAUAAAUACGGCGUUUUUUUAGAAAGAGCUUUAAAUCAUCCAUUUUCUGCGGUUAAGCUCAUGGCUUUAAAUGAGAUUAAACGUAAUAUUGAAAACGAGGACAUUCUUGUCGACCUGUGCAAAAGACAGUCGCUUUUAAUCAAUAUUAUUAAGUGCAUGGGGGACGAGGAUCUGGGGGUUGCUAAGGGGGCGGCAGGGGUUAUCAAAAUUUUGGGGCUGUCGAGCGUGGGGAUCAAGCAGUUGACCAAGGCUGAUAUUUUGCAGUCGUUGCACGAUAUUAUGGGACUGAGCGAAAUUGUCAGGUUUAGAGUUUAUGAGUUGUUGAUUGAUAUCAGCAACCAAUCCGAAGAGAAUUUCAACAUUUUGAAGGGGGCUGGUCUAUUUUCCCAAAUCUUUAACGAACUCGAUAAUAACGAUAUUUUGCUCCGAUUAAAUGUCUUGGAGUUGUUGACUCAAUUAGGCUCAAGUAAGCACGGUUACAAUUAUUUAGAAUCGAAUGAGACUUUAAAAAAAUUGAGCGCAAUGUUGGACAGUGAUGAUCUAGUAACAGUUCAGUUGUGUGAACCUGGAAUUUUGAAAUUUUUUGGAAACAUGGCCUACUGGAAACCAAUGGAGACCCUCGCAAAAUAUCCCGCUCUGUUUCAACGAAUGUUCAACAAUAUCGAAAGCAACGAUUUUACCAUAAUUAGUGUCUCUGUUGAGACACUUGGACACAUUGGAUUGCCAAACGACGGUAAAAUUGCGUUGGACUCAAUGGGAGCUGCUAUUGAAAAUGCAAUUAAAAAUAUUUCAAAAUCAAUCCCUUCAAUGCCCAGUGAAGUCAAAGUGCAUGGGUUGAAUUGUUUGGAAAAUUUAUUACAAAUCAUUGAGCCCAAUAACCAAGUGAUGGCGAUCACACAUAAAUGGUUUUCUUUGAUUGAGGAUAAUCCCAUGAGUUUUAUUUGGAAUUACGCGAAAAAUCCGUUUUUCGAAUUGAGGCUUGGCGGGCUGGGUCUUUUGAGGGCCGUAGCGGGACAGCCUUGGGGCCAGGAGGCUAUUAAAAAUUUUCCAGGAAUGGUUGAAUUUCUGCUCGAUCGAAGCGUGGAGACCAUAAAAGAGUGUAAAGAAGCAAAGUUUGGGAUUGUUGAGUUGUUGGCAAAUAGUGAAGUUUUCGAUCAUACGACUCUUAAAAAGUUGCAAAAAUACGUGAAGGAGGGGCCGUUUUAUGUCCAAGCGGUUACGGAAGUUGCGAUCGAAAGAAAUGAUUAAUUUUAGUUGAAUGUUCAUGUGUUGAUUUCAAACAAUAAAAUGUUAAUUUAUUA